GUCCACCCCGGUACGCCCAUCAUGCUGUCCUUCUUCUUCGCCGUCCUCGCUCUCCAGGCUUGUGCUGCUCUCGCGACCCCGACGAAGAGGGAUGCUGUUGCAUACAUCGACCCCACCAAGGGCGGUGGCUCCAUGCUGGAUGAUGCCGGCGCCGGGAACGGGGGCGAACCUCUGAACGUCAUCGUCUCCGGUCUCAGCUCGCCCGAUGUCCUUACAGACGAUGGCAUUGUUAACUACGCCAGGGCGAUCGGCUUCUCUACGGAAUGCUUCGGUCUUCACGGCGGAGGGGCACAGAGCGCUAACCUUGGCGACGGGAACGGUUGGGUAAACCAGACUUUCGAAGUUCGCCAGGACUACGGCAGCUCAGGCGUCGGAACCUGCCUCGAGACGCUGAUCGGAGGCAACCACUUCCGCGUCUUCCGCCAGAACGGCACGCAGGCCAACACGGGCGCGCUCUUCCUUGCGGUGUCUCAGGAGGAGGAUCUUGCCCAUCACCACACCAUCUCCACCGACGGCUACAACGUCGGUCGUGACAAGCUCGUCGCUGCCGCCGUCGGGGACAAGUCCUUCAAGGGCGUCUCCUACACCACCACUGCAGAGAACGUCACAGGCUUGCUGCCCACCGGAGCGGACGGAAUCAACCACGGUAUCGCACUCGACGGCAUCGUCACCGUGCUCACAGUCAAGAUCACCAGCUAGAUGGAUGGACGACCUGCUUUUCCUCUUCUUUCGUUGCUAUCCGUCUAUCGUUAUUAUCGCAUUCCUUCUCAUGCAAGCAGUCCUUAUGAUCUGCUCUCCUUAUGACCAGUCGUGUACUUCCCAUUUCAUGAGAUAUACCAGAGCUUCCAACGAGCAUCGACCAGC